AAGCAGAGACACUGACCGAGUCACACGUCGAUAAGGCCGCAUCGCCCAGUGAGAGUGCGUGUGUUUUUUUUGUUGUGUUGCUUUUUUUUUAUUAUCGUGCAACCCUCGUGCAAUAAUGCGCAGCGGACACUGGCGGCAUUGCGUCCGCGCUCGUGCACACUAGCGCCGCGGCUCCUGUUUACGUCGACCCCCUUUUUUUUGAGGACUUCCAGGAGGAGGUGGAGAGGGGGGGGAAGAAAAAGUAACCCAGCAGCGAUGAGUGAGGUCAGCGGCACAGCAUGAGUCAACCUUGGGGAUGUGAUGCAUGCAGUCAUCGUCGCGGGUCGCUCGGUGUUGUGCGGGCCUGUGCAGCAGCUGCUGGCCGCGGCGGAGGAGGGUGCGAUCCUGCGGGGCUCUGAGCUGCUUCCAUGACGGGUGUUGCCCGUGAAUGAGAGAAACUCGCAGACCUCCUCAGAUCUACUCGCCCCAGGCCGACGUCCUCUGGAUGGGUCACAAAGAAACUUCAGCGGGGAGGAGAAGAUUAUGUUGGCUGACCUGGCCUCUGCUCACACUGAUGUCAACAUAGUUUUACAGCUCUAAUUUACUUUGGCUACCUAUUGAGUUUUUUUGAUUCUCUGGAUAUAUUCAAGUGACACUCGGUGGAACGAUAGUAGUUGUCUUGCUCGGCUUCUUCAUGCCCGUCAUGAGUGUACCUGCCCAGCAGAAACCCAGCGCCAAGAGGACGGGAAAACGCAUCACAUUUUUCAACGAACAAAGCGUAGCAAUGAAGGAGACGUCUCAGCACCCUGAAGGGUCCUACUACGUCCCAGGGGCCACUGCCUCAGACCCUGGACAGAGCGAGGCCGCCAGUACCGUGACCUCCAAUCCAGAGGGCCCUCACAUGUUCCUCAACUCCGUCAUCUUCAGCCCAGACAAAGGUGACCAGAGCAGGGGUCACUAUCAGCAGACUGUUCCGAUGAAGUGGGCCCACCAGGAGCCCAAUCAGCAGCAGCCGUCACUGUCCCAGCAGCAGAGAGCCGCCUCCUGGAACCCCUUAAGUAACUGGGGUCAAAACUUUUCAAAUUACAUGGGAGGAGUUAACGUAACAGACUCAAGGACUCAGAAUGCGUUCGCAAAGUCGAUGCACGAGACCUCGGGCAUGCAGCCGCAUCAACAGCCCGCUAACAGAGCUCCAGACAAGCAGCCUCUAGGGGCCCCGGAUGCCUACAGGGAUGCAGUCAAGGCUCAGGGCAUGGAAUGGGAGCAGCAGCAGCAGCAGCAGUCCCAGGCCUUUCAGGAAUCCUUAAAACCCGGGGCACUGAACCCCACACAGUCCCUCCAAGGAGGAAGCUCAGUUUUGCAGCCCUUCCAGUUGGCCUUUGGUCAGCCCAAGCAGCACCUGCCAGCCUACUACCAGUCCUUUCAGGGCAACAGGACAACCCUACCCAACCCACCUAACUACUCAACGCAGGCUAAGCCCCCACACCAGCUACAGCAGCUGCAGAAGCAAGAGCAGAUACAGCGCCAGCAGCAUCACAUCAUCCAGCAACAGAUUCAGCAGCAGCAGCACCAACAUCAAAUGCAGCAGCAACAAAUCAUUCAGCAUCAACAGCAUGUGCAGCAACAUCUACAGCAGCAGCAAAUACAGCACGAGCAGCAGCAACAAAAGAUGCAGCAACAUCAACAUCAACAGCAGCAGCAAAUGCAACAACAGCAACAGCAGCUGCAUAUUCAGCAGCAAAUGCAACAUCAGCAGUUGCAACAACAAAACCCUCAUGUGCUUGACUAUUAUUCUGCUGCUCGAAAUGCACACCCGCCUCCCCAUCCCCAGCCUGUGGUGGUACACUCCCAUGAGUCCUCUGCUCCCGCUCCCCCAAAGAUCCAGGAACCGGCCAUCCAGGACAUCACCCCUGAACCCCAGCAGUCGCCCGACCCCCUGCAGCCCCCUCUCCCCUCCGUGCCCCAGUCGCAGCCCCAGACACAGACUCAAUCCCAAACGCAGCUUCGUAGGUCGCGGCGGCUCUCGAAGGAAGGAGGAGCGCCGUCCGACAACCCUUUUCUCUCGGCCUCUGCGGAUCAGGCGGCCACGGGGCAGCAGGUCUCUCAGAACGGGGCCCGUGAAGUCCAGGCCGCCCCGACGGGCGUCAUCCAGAGCACACGCAGGAAACGUAGGGUGUCCCAGGAGGUCAACCUGGAGACUCUCGCUCAGAAGGCCUCAGAAAUGGAGUCUCUGCCACCACAUGUUCUCAAGGACCCCCACCGGCCGUGGAGUCCCCCCGCCUCAGAGGGCCUGCACGCCAAGCGGCAGCGAGACGACAACCUCCUGCCGCUCGUCAUCCCCGUGUCGGUUCCGGUGCGGCGGCAGGAGCCCUCGUCCCCUGACAGAGAUGAAGCGGCCCUGGCUUCGGGCUGGCCCCCCAGGCCUUCCCACCCCCAGGACCUCGGCCGUGCAGACCACCAACCCUCGGUCAUUGUCACGAGGAGACGCUCGCUCAGGAACUCCUUGUCAGAGAGCUCAGAGCAGAAUGGCGGCACAGAGGGGGAGAAAGAGGACGACGGCAAAAAGUCCAAACGGCGUCCCCGGCCCGAGCCCCUCUUCAUCCCCCCGCCCAAACCGGGCUUAUUCAUUGCACCGACCCCCUACUGCAGCAUCACACCGUACCAGAGCCACCUGCGCUCGCCUGUGCGUCUGGCCGACAACCCCCUCACCAUGCCCCCUUACACACCUCCGCCGAUCCUCAGCCCCGUCCGCGAGGGCUCGGGCCUCUACUUCUCCACCUUCCUGUCCUCGGCUGCAGCCGGCAGCCAGGGCCUGCCUCCGCCUGUCACGCCCAAGUCGGCCACACGCAGCCUGUUACGUUCCAACAGCUGCGACAUCACACCCCCGGUUCUGUCUGCGAUGUGCGAGGCCACUCCAGUCAGCAUCGAGCCACGGAUCAACAUUGGGUCGCGGUACCAGGCGGAGGUGCCGGAGCUGAGGCAGCGGUCAGGUGUUGAGCUCGAUCCCCAUCGAGCCGAUCUGGUCUGGUCUCCGUUGAACGAGCUGCAGGAAAAACCUGACUUCCAUCAGAAAGUGGAAGAUCUCAUGCACCUGGCCUGCUCCAGUGUUCUGUGUGGAGGAGGCACCAACCAGGAGCUGGCUCACCAUUGUCUGUACGAGUGCAAAGGCGACAUAAUGGCGGCUCUGUCGCUCCUGAUGCUGAGGAAUCCAAUUUUCCCGAAGUCUCAUCGUCUGUCAGACUUCCACUACUCAGGAUCCGACAGCUGGACGGCAGCUGAGAGACGCCAGUUCAACAAAGGCAUCACCGCGUACAAGAAGGAUUUCUUCAUGGUGCAGAAACAGGUGACCACGAAGACAGUAGCACAGUGUGUGGAGUUUUACUACACGUACAAGAAACACGUGAAGAUCGGCCGCAGCGGGGCGCUGAUGUACGGGGAGGCGGAGCCGCUGGACAGCAGGAGCACAGAGGAGGAGACGGACCAGAAGGUCUCUCACAGGCUGGAGCCCCAGCGGGAGGAGGACAGCAGGAAGUGGGAAGGGUCAGCUGACAGGAAACAGGAUGUGGGCUCCACCAGAGUGUCGCAGUCGCUGCAGCCCACCGAGAAACCCGGGACCGUCCUGAUCAUGAAAGGCCAGGAGGACGCCGGGAGGGAGAAGCCGCCGUCCCGGGUCGUCCACCCCCCCCAGCCGCCGGCACCCGCCUCCAAACCACGCAGCGAGGAGAGCGCACGGCGGACGAGCCCCGCGGCGCCCACCAAGGCCCCCCCGGCUCCGGAGGGAGAGUUCCCCUGCAAGAAGUGUGGCAGGAUCUUCUUCAAGGUGAAGAGCCGCAGCGCCCACAUGAAGAGCCACGCCGAGCAGGAGAAGAAGGCGGCGGCUCUGCGGCAGAAAGAGGCCGACGAGCGAGCGGCGGCGAAGGCGGCGGCCGAUGCGGCGGCUGCUCUGGCGGCUCGGCAGCACAACGGGACCCGGCAGGUGGGCGGGGGGGACAGCACCAACGACGACUCGUCGGACCGGGACGACGAGGACGACGAGGACUGGCAGUGAGAGGACGGACACACACUCUGACUGUUGAUUGGCUGGUUCUCUGGGACGGGACGAGGACGGAUCCGUCCUGUGGACAGUUCGCAGAACAAGACGACUUCCGUUGCUCUGCACAUUCAGGGACAGAUUUCCCUCCUGCGCACGUGACUGAGUGUGUGUGUGUGUGAGUGAGUGAGAGUGUGUGUGUGUGUGUGUGUGUGUGUGUGUGUGUGAGAGAGUGUACUGUGUGUGUGUGUGUGUGUGUGUGAGAGAGUGUACUGUGUGUGUGUGUGUGUGUUUCUCACCAACACCCCUUUACUCUGCUUGAAAAGCUUUUCAGGAGUUACCUCUCUUGGUCACAGGGCUCAGUCAAAUCAAAGCCAUGCCCCCCCCCCCGCUCGGCACUGUCCUGCCCCCCAGGCCACGCCCACUCCCAGGCCACUGCCCUCCUCAGCACUUUGAGUCUCGCCCCGCUUCGUUCUUCCGGCGUGAAACUUGUCCCUCCUCCUCCUCCUCCUCCUCCUCCUCCUCCUCCUCCUCCUCCUCCUCCUCCUCCACCUCCUCCUCCUCCUCCUCCUCCUCCUCCUCCUCCUCCUCCUCCUUUUUUCCAAACCCUUGGAUGAGCCAUGGCGCGUUUGCUCGAGCUGCCCCCCCAACUGUCAUCGAGUUUUGACUUCCUGAACCUGGACAGCUGGAGGCCAAUCAGAGGAGGCUCUCGCUGUCGGUUUCUCUGCACUAAGACGGCAUGGACAGCCCGUCCCCUCUGUGUCCCCCCCCCCCCCCCCCCCCCCCCCCGCCGCACUCGGAGCUGCCGGACGCUUCCUCACCGAUCGGGUCCCGCCUCCUCUGUGAGUCGUUCCUCUGGGCAUCAGUUCUGUGAAUCCCCCCCCCCCCCCCCCUCCGUCACUUUUUACAGUUCACCGUUUGUUCCUCACGGUUGAUGCCUUGGAUGUUUUGAUAACUUUUAUCUGGAAAUGACAAUCAAUUUUACACUGUUGUUGUUGUUGUUGUUGUUUUUAUAUAAAUAUAUAUAUAUAAAUAUGCAGGUGAACGUUACUUUUUCUGCCUGUGUAGCUAAACAUGGUUAUUGUUGUUGUUUUUUGUGAAAUGUUCUUGUUGAUGAUUAUUAAUAUUAUUAUUAUUAUUAUUAUUCUGUUUUUGGCUGCAAUUGAAUUGAGCGCUUUUUACCGUACAUGUCCAUAACUUUUUCUUCAUUUUUUUUAUUUUAUUUUAUUUAAACGAAAAACUAAAAUAAUGCUUCUUGCUGCCUGUUUGGAACUGUGGGAUUUUUUUUUUUUUUGUGGGGGCAAUAGAAACAAGUUGACCCCCAGUUACCAGAGCGUCCAGUCAAGCCCCCCCCCCCCUCCCCCCUAUGUGUUGGAUGCCUCGCUGUCAACACAGUAACUGAUCGACUCGGCAGGUCUCUAUAGAUGCACACACCGUGGCGGGAAAGACGACAACAGCACAAACUCAUUCAACAGACAAGUUUUGGAAAUAAAUAGGAAGAAGUGACUGUGUUUUUUUUUUUCUUGAUAAUAAUAAUAAUUAUUUACUUUCCGUAAAAACCAAACCCAAUUCAAAUCUUCAAGUUAUUUUUCCACUUCUACACAGACGUGUUCAACGCUUCCUCUCGACCGCGACAGAUUUUGGUUAUUAUAGACACGUCUGUCGAUUUUGUCAGUAAUUUAUUCAUCAUCACAUCAGAAGAGAGAGAGAGAGAGAGAGAGAGAGAGAGAUAUUGUUCAACGGAAACCAGACGUAACAGAAAUGUCACCGAGAGUCAGAAUGUUCCUACGGGACAUUUUGACCCAGAUAUCAACAUCUACUGUUUCACACAGACUGUUAAUAGUUGUAAAAAAAAUACUCAACACAAUACAAACAGGCACUAACAGAAACUGUACUGUUAUUAUUAUAGUUAGUGCUUAAAACCAGAUUCUACUUUUGUGCAAAUCUCACUUGGGUCAAAGUUUACAGGUUUUUAUUGGAGAUUCAAUACGUGACGUGAAACUUAAAAUGUUGUGUUGCUCCUAAUGACUCACAUCAACAUCUAUAACGUUUCAGUUUUUACACGAAGCACAAAGUACGUUUUUGACAGUAAAUUAUUUAAUAUCAAAGAACAGAGAUAAAAAGGCAGAAGCAUCCUUUUCUUCAAAACCACACUUAAGGGAAAUGUUCCCAGUAAAGCCCUUUUGAGCGAAGCAUGUGACGUGUAUGAAUUUAAACAAUAUUUGUUCCAGUCUGUUAGAACCUGGACUUUGUGGGUCGGCCGUCGCUCCAGGGCCACACAACUCUGCUUGUGUUCACGUUGAGGGGAAACUUAAAUAAUACAAUGAAAUAAAAUGUGCAAAUAUAAUAACAUCAUAUAAAUACAAGUCUGCUGAAGCCUGCUGGUGGUUUGAGAAAGAGUCUACAACCUCAAACCUUCCCCGUGUGUGAUUCUAAGUCAGUGUCAGCCCAGUGUUUACACACGUCACACCCACAGUGUGUAUCUAUGGUCUCCUGUUGUUGUGUCACCCUGUUGCUGAUAGCAGCCACCGAGGCGCACGAUGGAAACAGUGUUUUGAUUCCUCUCGCUCGCCCACAUAUCUCCACGUUAAGCCCCUCGGCCCCGAGCCAGCUUCUGUCCCCGCAGCAACAGAUAGGUUAAAGGGUUAUUUUCCUUUAAAGGGCAAACCACAGCAGGGAGUUGGGGGAGAAACGGCUCCAAUUACCAGUUACUCCACAAGUUAAACCUGGGUCUAUGCACAGCCUGUGUGUGUGUGUGUGUGUGUGUGAGAGAGUACGCGUAUGUGUGUGUGACUGCUCGAGGUCAAAUGUUUAUCCGUAUGCCAGUCAAUGAGAAAAACAAGUUUUGCAGACUGUUCACGUUUGGUAAUGUUAAUUUAUAUAUCUCCUUUUUAUUUGGGCUCAGCUCGAGGUUCUCGCGAGGGGAGGGGGGGGGGGGUGGUUGUCAUGUAAAAAAGAAUUUCAAGCUGUUUAAAAAGUAGAAGUGACGAUGAGGCCAACGUCCAAAGGUUUAUUUAGCUAAAAAAUUAGAAGAUAUAUAUAUGGAUGAAAAUCUUUGUUGCAGACUUUCUAUGCUAUUUUCAUAUGGGGUUCACACUAUAGGGAAAACGGAAUCUCAAGUGCUUUUUUUUUUUUCUAGUGUAAUUUAUUUGUUUUGAUUUGAUUUUUACCACCUGUGUUUUUAGUAAUGAUUCAUGAAGCACUGUUUAUUAAAGUUUUAAAAUAUUCAGCAGGUU